AUCAAAGUGUGGUGUUCUGCCUGCAUUAACAUGUUUUUUAAUCUGUUGAGCAUCAGUCAUUUUACUAAAAGUCAAGAAAAAGAAAGCGAGAGAAACAUGGAAGGCAAUGAAAGGGAUGUGGGUUCCAUAUUUGCAACUUAUCAUAGUAGAUUCAGACAUCCUUUCAGUCUUUCUUCCUUGUAGAUAUGUUUCUAGUUGCAUUUUAAAAUAGGCAGCGCGACAAGCGGUUGUUCCAUUAUAAGAAGGCAUUUUCUGACGAGAGGUAGGAAGAGCUUUGAUGUGUUAUGAGUUCGCAUUGUUAAAGUGGACAUUGAUAUCCAUAAAAUGGUGUAAUUUCAGUGCAGAGUUCUGUGAUGAAAUGAAAGUCUGAGAGAAUGUGGUUCCUUCUUAUUCUACUGCAUCUGGGAUUGCAGCUCCCACUGAGCUUUUCCUGCCCAAGUAGCUGUGCGUGCUUUCCAAAUGGGGAUGUUGAAUGUACAGGGGCCAUCACUGAAAUCCCACAUCUGAAAGCCAAUCAAACCUUCCGCCUGAAACUCAAUAAAACUCAAAUAACAAUCCUUAAUCCCCAAAGUUUUCAGGCUGUUGUUCUUUUACAGCGCCUCCAAAUUAGCCACAAUCCUCUUGCCACCAUCCACCCAGAAGCCUUUGAUAAUGCUUCUCUGCUCCGGUCAGUUGUGUUGUCAUCUAACUCCAUCUCUGUUCUUCCACCAAGAGUGUUCAGUAGCCUGGGAAAACUAGAGCAGCUUUACUUGGACAGGAAUCAACUGAUGACUCUCCAUGUAGACACAUUUAAAAAGCUGGUCAAUCUCAAGGAACUGGACAUCAGCAAAAACCAAAUUGCAAAUUUGGAUGCCAGAAUCUUCCAGAAUGUGACAAACUUGAAUCACCUGAAUCUGUGUGAGAACUUACUACAAAAGAUCCCACAGACGAUGUUCCACAACCUUAAGAAGCUCAAGUCCCUGAUUCUUUACUCCAACCAGCUGAAGACUAUAGAGAAGGGUUCCUUUGAUCAACUGCACAAUCUGAUAACACUCAUGCUUCAUAAAAACCAAAUCCGAGAAAUCCCUCCUCGACUUUUUUGGCACAUGCCCAAACUGUUAACCCUGACUCUGUCUAGCAACCAACUUCGUUAUAUUCCAAGUGAGACCUUUUACUAUCUACCCAACCUUACUAAACUUACACUCUACAAAAACCCUCUAAUCUCCCUGCCGGACCAGCUAGUAGGUCACAUGCCAAGACUUAAGGAGCUCUACCUGUAUAACACCAAUCUCACCAGUGUGCCCUGGAACCUUUUUGCUAACAUGACUGGCCUCACGGUUUUGAAUUUCCACUUUAAUGACAAACUCACCUCACUACCAAAGGACCUCUUUUGUUGCUUGCCCAAUCUUCAAAAGCUAUCUUUAAAAAACAACAUACUUCACGAUUUACAUCCAGAUCAGUUUUCAGACCUAACCAAUCUUCAAAUUCUAAUGCUCAAUGAUAACAUGCUCCGGUCCCUUUCGGCAAAGACCUUCCAAAAUCUCCAUAGACUAACCAAGCUUGAACUGAGCAACAACAAUCUAAAUGAACUCCCAGGAGAUAUUUUUGCACAUGUCACUGCACUGGGGUCUGUUACUCUUGGGAGCAACCAGUGGAACUGCACAUGCAGCAUUCUGGACAUUGUAAAAUGGAUUCGUGAAAACCGAAAUGUAGUUACUGACCUGCAUGACGUAUUAUGUGAUGAACCUUACUACUUACGUAAUAAACAACUGGAUGUGUUAACCAGUGACAGUCUGAAAUGUGGCAUCACCACUACAGGAUAUCUAUAUGUUCCUGUGACCACUGCAGGAAUGCAUUCUUCAGAAAAAACAACAUCCUCAUCUUCAUCAACAGCCUCAUAUUUAUCUACAGCAUCAUCUUUCACUGGCACAAGAACCACUACCAAUGUUGCUGCAAAGACAAACACACAAUCUCCAACCACUAUUCUUUCAAUUCAUCUGACCUCACUAACCCCUUCUACAAUGGCUUCUACAACCGAGGAAGAACAUAUUCAUGUCUCCAAGUCCAGUGUAUUCUAUGAUACUGUGGUCCUUGUUAAUGGUCCUGAUAUUGUCCAUAACAAUCGCCACCAGCGCUGGGUGUACCUGUGGACCGUACCUGCUACUGGACUAUACAGUGGGUUUUUGAUGGCUUUGUAUGUUGCUCUCAUAGUCACCGGUGUAAUUCUGAUCAUAGCCAAUGCUUAUGCUUUGCACCGUCUACAUAAGGCUUUGUGGAAAACAGGGAAGACUCUUACAAGAAAUCAGACAAUCAUAACUAAACGAUUGCGGAGUUUUAAUGGCAAACUCUAGAAAUAGUACGUUGGACUUCCUCUUAUAUCAUUAAUCUCUAGCCACAGUUUUGCUCAGUGACACAUCUGUUGUCCUGACUCACGAUGAGUAUAUCUGCUUGAACACUGCAUGUUAAUUUUUUAUAACAGCAUGGUUAUGUUAUGAUUUAUGUAUAACUGUUUUGUAGAGAAGAUCCCUAAAAUUUGGCAAAAUUGUAUACAAAUGAGUUUGCGCCCCCCCCCCCCCCCCCCCAUAUAUACAAUUCAUAUUUCAUGUCAUUUAAUCACUAUUUUUAACCUUAAAUAAAAUAAAAUACAAUGCCAUCUGAUGAAAUUACGGGGUGUUUUUUUUAUUUAUUUUUUUUAUUUAAUCAAAAGUUUCACACAGCCAAGAGCUUGUUUCCAAAGUUUCAAGGUAUGAGGCAUUACAAAACAAACAACAACAACAAAAAAUGUACGAAAUGAAUAUGGGUAAAUGCAUUAUUUCUUUUACACAUUUGAGUCAUAUAUUAUGGCUUAUUUUUUGGAAAUAAAUGUCUAAAAUUAGAAAAGAUAAUGCAAGUCUGGCAAUAAUGCAAGUGUGUUUCAAGCUUGAAAUGAGUAGAAAUGUCCAGAAAUAGGUUUAAUAUUCAUAUAUUUGGUUUAUUGUAUUGUGUGUGAACUACUAGAUAAAUUUGAGCAUAUUCGUGAUGUAUAAUUGCUUCUUUCAAGAAUAAAUGCUUCAAAUUAGCAAAUAAAUCUGCAAAUAGAACAUUAAAAUGAGUAAAAAUGCCUACAAAUAGGUUUAAUAAUCAUACAUUUGGUUUACUGUAAUCUCCAAAUAGGAAACACUAUAUAAAUUAAACAAUACGUGACAUAGUAUCACUUGCUAAGAUGUCAAUUUUGGCAGUGCAGUCAUAUGCAGCAACUUUAAUGAGCUUAAUGGAUACAGAAGUUAUGACCAGAUGUAAACUGGAAGCAUUU